AUGGGGAGGUUCUGUGCAAAAGUUGCCAGAGAGAAGAAUCCUGUGUCAGGCAGGGAGGACCAGCGCUGGUACCCUGGUACCUCAGGAGAGUUCAUUCGGUCAAUGGCUGCCAGCAGCCCAGAAGAGUGGGGCUCAGUGAGGAUGUGGCAGCUGGGCUUGUCAUUCUGCCAGGCACCCCCAGCAGGUUCUCUUAAAGGAACAUCUGAAAAGUGUAUCCCCACGGCUGCCGCGGCAGGUUCUCACAAGGCCUUCGAGACCAAGCCAAAACUUCACCUCAUCUCUGGAAGCCCUUCUGGAAAACCCCAUGUCCCUCCCACCGCCUCCCCCUCAAGCCUCCAAGCGAAACUGCAGGAAACCGGAGGGGGCGGGGCGGUGACGUCACGACGCCGGUGCGUCACGGAACGGCGGCGGCUGCGGCGCUGGCGGUGGCUGCGGCAGCGGCGGCAUUUUAGUCGACAGCGGCGGCGGCAGCGGGGCUGCUGCUCCUCCCAGCAUCCCUGGCGCGGCCAUUUCAGCCCCAUCUUGGCCGAGGGGAGGGAGCUGCAGCCGCCGCUUCAGCAGUUUGAAUUUCAGUUUCUCCAGGCUCUGCGAACCGGGCGCACCGAGGAGGAGCCGAAAAAGCUACCACCGCUACCUCAGACAGCCGGAGCGCCUCCGCUCGCCGGCCAAUCAGUCGGCCGCCGCCACCACCACCGCCGCCGCCCCUCACUCUUCUCAGGAGCCGCGAGGGGAGGCCGAGACCGCCGCCGCCCGCGGGGUGGCUCCCCCUGUAAGGGGAGGACCGAGCCGGCUUCCCCUCACCCGGAGCGGGUUUCCGCCAGAGACAGUCGACAUGUCCCUGGGGCUGAGCUCCGGCUAAAGCCGGGGAGGGGGCCGCCCGCCCGCGCCGAAGCUCCGCCGCCCGCCCGCGGACCUUCAGCCAGCCCCAGCCCGCCGCUCCUGGCUGAAUCAGGAAUCCCCGGCUCCAGAUUCGCCACUCCUUCCUCUUCUUCCCUCAGCGUCCGAGAGCCCAGAGCUGACGCCGGCACUGGCCUGAGGAGCCCGAGCGGGGCAGCACCGCCCCUCACGCCGCCGCCGCCUCCUCCCCUGCGCCCUCCCACUCCCACCCCCAGCCAAGGCCUGCUGACCGCGCCGAGCGCCGAGCUGGACUGA